AUGAAGCGAACCAAAAAACAGAGGCAUAACUUACAAAACUUUUGGGCUCAAAGGGUAAGUUCCAUUUUUUUUCUUAGGUCCAGUGUUCCUGGUGAGCUUGAGUUUAUUAGAAAUUGCAAUAUAUUUGUAAAAAAAUAACAAAAAACAAGAAUAAGAAUAUAUAAAAAAAGCAGCACCUUCUAAUAUAAAAUAGAUAUUAAUUUGGCUUCAAAGAAGCAAUAUUAUGAUAAUGUAUAUUGCUUUGCUGAUCCACUAGCGUGCUUGAUUUAUAUACAUUCAAGGGAAAUUUAAACAUUUUGAGUUUGAGAGAUUUAUUACUCAAGUUUCAUGAAUAAAUUUUGAGUAACUGCCUUUUAUUUUCUCUCUCAAAAUUUUAAUAUAUAUUAUCUGUAUAAAAUAAAUUACAUGCAGCAGUUGCAAUAUAGGUAUGUGUAACAUCAGUACAAAUGUAUCAAUAUAGGUACAAAUAUUUGACCUUAUACAUUUUGUGACCCUUGAAGCUCAGAUUAGCUUGGCUUGUCAUUGCUUGAAUAGAUAAUUCUACAAUACAGUUUAAAUCAGCCAUGCCUAUUUUAAUGCACAUACACAAAAGAUUUUACAGUUUUACAGUUAUACAGUCACUGACUGAGUGUGACUUUUAAAUCAGUACUUACUCUUAAUGUUUACAUUUGGGCAACAACAUUCUUGACUGUGUGUAUAUAGUAAAAAGCUUUCAACACACUAUUUUAGUUUAAAACUGCACGUCCAUCACAAGGGUUUGUGUAACAGCUGAUUACCUAUGAUCUCAGCCCACAAAAUGUUUUAUACCUUUCCCUUAUUUAUGGGUUCUUUUUCUUGCAGCCAAGUAAACAUUCUGCUAUCUGCUGCAAUAAUUUAAAACUUACCGAAAGCCUGAUUUUUACAUAUUAUCAGAUGUUGUCUAUAUUUGUAAUCAUAAUCUUGUUCAUUAAUAAAAUACCCCUGUGUUCAUGAAAAAAAUGCUACAGUACUGUUGACCUCCUUUUUUAGCCAUUAACAAAAGGGAAUAAUUCUUGUUAAAACUGAUGGAAAAUGCUGCUAAAUUUUACGAUUGUGUGACCUGUACAUGUAAUGUGACAUGAAAGUCAGAUUGUUUUACAUAUCUUUUGUAUUUAUGCAAAUUUCAUCCGGCUUCAGUCUUUUGUGUACUCGAGUUUCAUUGCUAUUCACUGUUCAUGUGGCAGUGUCUGCAUGCAUAAAUUAGUCUAGUUGAAUUUCCACUGUAGUUCAACUAUUUGAGACUCCCAGGGGAUUAAAACUUAACACAUUUUACAGUAGCAUAGUUUGAGAAGCAUAUUAUCAAGAAGAGAGGUAUUGUUGGUAGUUAAAAUUUGCAAGGCUUUUACUCUUGUGAAGAACAUGAGUUAUAUAAAUCAUCUUUAUAUUUAACCUGCACCUUCCAGAGUCUUAGGCUAAAUAAAGUAAUUUACAUUAACUGUAGCUUGUGCCUUUUAAAUUGGCUGAAAAUUCUCAUAAAGAGUUUGUAGUUGGUACCUAAGCUACAUUCACUCUUUUGCAGUUCUUAUAAAUCUUUUGCUUUGAUCUGGUUAUAUAAUGUAAUGUGGAAUUUAACACUACUCACAUGGUCAUAUGGAGGCUUAUGUCUGUGGUUAAUAAAUUAUGGUGAUCUUUUAUAGUUUAAUUAUUAAGCAUUCACACAUUUUGUUACAUUUCUAAUAACUUUAUUUUGAUAUACUUGUUAAUUGUUGCUCAGUCCUCUAGAUGCUCUACAUUUUAAACAAAUAAUGAUAUUGAUAACCUUUGAAUUAUGAAGCAGAAACACAUGCAUUUUGUUUAGUUUUGUUUUAACAUAUAAAGCUUAGAAGGUGUAUCUCCUGUGCAUGUACAUGUGUACAAACUAUACAAGGCAUGACUGAAGCAAAUCUUUAGUGUGAUUGGCUUGCCAGCUUGUCAUGCUGGAGGUAGUUCAUAUCUUUACUGCUUCUUCUAGGUGGCGUGAUAGCAGUUUAGCAUUAUACAUGUAUUUAUAACAAUUUGUGUUUGAGAUUUGUUUUCUGCAAAAUGAUGAAAAAUAAGUUCUUGAGAAGGGACUGUUUUUGAUUUAUUGUUGUUGGAUACGUUAUUUUGUAAUUGUUUGGCCAUUUCGAUGGGCAUUUGUCGUAUUUUUCCAUAAAUUAUGCUUUGUUUGAUAGUUAAGCAUACAUGUAAGUUACUUCUCUAUAUUUUUCAGGGAUACUGUUGAAAUCCCCAUUAAACAGAAGCCUAGGACACAGAAUCAAGUGUCCACAUAAUACAGUGUUGUGUUUUGGCUGGUACAACAUGCAGCACAAAAUAAUGAUGAUAAAAACUAAUAAUGCAAAUGCAAGAGAGGUGCACAUGUCCAAUACGUGCAAAAGAAAGCAUAGUUAGAUGUAUGUGUGCAUAAUAUUUGAGCCUUCCAAUAUUCCAUGCAUGGCAGUGGACAAACAUUUUCACUUUGCAUGCAUUUGGUCUUGCAUUUGCAUUUGCGGAAAUGUCCCUUGGUUUCUUCAGGAUUGUGGGAAGUGUCUGUAAUAUUGAGAGUUGCAUGUGUGUAUUAUAAAUAAAGAGGUACUUACUACAAAGGUGUAACUAUAUCUUUGUGUCUUUUUUUGUAGAUGGUAGAUGACCAAGUAGUUCCACAUUUUUCUAGGUUUCUUCAUGAUGACCCGUAUGUUAAACCAUAUCAAACUGAGAUUGAAAGAAGGUAGACUUUGAGUUCAAUGCUGAGAAAUAACACUGAAUUCCCCACUCCAGAAACUACAAGAGGAAUGAGUACAAGCUUUCAGCGUAAAGAUUUCUGGGAUCAUGUGGGUGGACUAGGGUUACUGAAAUGAAUUUUUAAUGGUUGCCUUGAAUACCAUUUACUAAUUCCACCCACAUGAUCCCAGAAAUUGUUAGGUCAAAAGCUUUGAUCUGCCCAUUUCCCUUAUACAGUUUCUGGAGUGAGGAAUAGAGAUGUUUCAGAUAUACUUUUAGUUCUGUAGGCAGUUGAAUUUUUUGUGUUAUGUACUGGUAUCGUAAACUUUUGUUAUUAGUGUGAUUUCCAUUACAUGCACCCAUAUCUCCCAUUUUUCCUCAUUGCCCUCCACAGAUUAAUGAUAAUGUUCAACAUAAAGGUAUCACCCACAGUUCAGGACCAAUCACGAGUGAAUCGCCACAGCACUUGUGUUUUAAAUAAAAGUGCUACAAACUAUGCAUUUCAUAAAAGAUUUCCAGUUCAAGGUUAUCUUUUGUUUAAUUGAAAGGAGCAAAAUCCAAAGAAUAAUUGCUACAUGCAUGACUCAUGCAUGCAAAUUCAGCCAUCUCUCCUCGCUCCUUGAGUGGAGCUAAUGACUUGUUUGUAAAACUCUCUUAUCUAAGUUCUCCUGCCACAGGUAUAGAGUGUUUUGUGGUCUCAAGAAGCAGAUUGAAGACAAUGAAGGUAGCUUAGAGAAGUUUUCAAGAGGCUAUGAGAGACUUGGAAUCAAUAGAACACCUGAGGGUUUGAAGUACAGAGAGUGGGCCCCUGGAGCACAUGGAGUGUUCCUUACAGGAGAUUUCAGUAAGCAAACUUAUUAGAGUGAUUUUUGUAUGACCUUGAAAUGAAAAUGCACAAACGAAUGGAAAUAGAUUGAUUUGAUCGGCUUGUCUAAGGGAUAAAAUCGCAUUUGGCUUUUGGUUGGUUAAGCGAACGCUCAGCUGAAAAAACUUCAUGCCCAAAGAACUUUUUACAAAUCAAUCGAUACUUCACUUUGAUGUCAUGCUGCAAAACCAAUCAAACAAUUCCUUCUCCAUAUUAGGGUUUUCUUUGGCGGGAAGUUCAUGUUUUGAUCUUUUCAUCCACUGGCUGAUAAAACAAAUAAUGAACAUUUACCAAAACCAUUUUUCAAGGUCAUAUGAAAAUCGCUCUAACCACAUGACUGCUGUUUUAGUACCAGGAAAUGCUGCUGUGAAAAACAAGAAGGAAUGUUCCAGGGGUUUUUCUUUGAGUGGGGUUGGAGAGACUCUCAUUCACAACAAGGAUGUUCACCAUGCCUCAGUCAUUCAAGCGUGUAUGACACUUUCCACUGGAUAAAUUUCUAUCCAGUUGACAAAGUAAUUGGUUCCCCUGUUAGCUAUUCACUGGAUAUUAAUUUACUUAUGCGCUAGAUAGCACUAUUCAACGUUUGAAUAACAAGGGCCUGAUUGUUUGAUCAUGGCUUAGGCUUUACCUCAGUGUGGUUUCUUUAAAUUACAUAGAUAUUUCUUUGUGUAACCCUAAGUGACACCUGUUUGGGUAAAAAUGAAAGGCCUCACAGCAGGUCUAAGAGUCAAAAUAGUGAAAGCCAGUCAAAAUUUUUAUAGGAUGGUUGUAGCUUGGAGGCUGUCAGCUGAUGCAAAGAGUUUUUGUUGAUGUUGUUUUUUUCUAGAUGGAUGGAAUAGGACUUCUCAUGGAUGCACAAGAAAUGAGUAUGGGGUCUGGGAACUAACCUUACCUUAUAAGGAAGAUGGAUCAUCCCCUAUUCCCCAUGGAUCAAAAGUUAAGGUAAGUAAGUUAAUCACAGUUUCCAAGGAGACAAGUUGUUAUUGCUUUCAUCGAAGGAGAACGCAUACUAUUUGAGUUGUUUUUUCUGGUGUGAUUUAAAAUGACUGGUGGGUAUCAAGUGUAAUGCUGUAAUUGAAGGCAAAAAUGCUGCCUUCCUGCAGGUUCAUAAACAUUCAUACUCGGCGACCGGAAAUGAACCGCGAUAAGGGCUACAACCUUCCCCCAAUUUAUGGAACAAUAAUUUUUUUGCAGCCUCAUCAAAAAUGAGGCUGUGAAUAACAUCAAAUGUCAUCAUUGAUAAAAGGGAUCCUGAUGUGUUCCGAAAGCUCUGCUAAACUUUGAACAAAUUGUUGGUUUUAUAGUGGUAAUGAAAAAUAAAGGGUUAGGGGAGGUUUUUGCGUGAACAUUAUCUAUCUUGGACUAUCUGGCAUAGACGGUGUGGAUCUGUGGAUACCUAUAACUUUAAGCUUUUUUGAUAUACACUGUAAAUAAAUAUUAUGUGCUAUUGAGAAAAGAAUUAAAUUAAUCAAUGUUAAAUCUAGGCAGCGUUUUUGCGUCAUUGAUGCAGAAUAUUCCAAUUCUGAUGCAAAAUGAAAUUAUCGUGGAGUCGCACUGAUGCAAGAAAGGUUACCUCAAAUACAAGUACUUCCAAAGCAGCAGUCACUAUUAAAAAUAAAAAAAGGUCUGCUCACUAGCCUGAAAUAAGCAUGCAAAAUGACUUUCAUUUCAGACUACAUCCUUAUGAGUAGCUUUUGUUUCAGGCCUUUCACACUGUACAGAGAGAGACUGGAGUGUACUUUUUGAUGUCCUGCACGCGUUGAUUUGCCGAUCAAUUCACGCUUUGUUUGUCAAAUUUGUUCUUUUCCUUUAUUCAUUAUGAAAUAACAACAAAAGCACGAAGAAGACCUGGAUAAGGAUGGCAGUGAAGCUCAUGAUAGUUUGGAUGAUGUCAGUUGUUCAAAGUUUUCAAUAUCAUAGCUUGACCCAGAACUCAAUUUAAAAUACCAGGUGGGAGUCACAUGUGACCCACUUUGACUAAUUUCAAGAUUGAAUACUGAAGUACAUGUAAUUCCAUUUAAGGUUGCAAUCCAGCUUGAAAAUGGUGAUCUGGUGGACCGUGUUUCUCCAUGGAUUCGCUACGCAGUUGAUCCAAAUGAUGGAACACACCUGUAUGUAGGAAUUCAUUGGGAUCCACCACAGCCUUACCAGUGGCAAAAUAGUAAACCCAAGAAAACUUCAGGCUUGCGCAUUUAUGAGUGCCAUGUUGGUAUAGCAUCGCCUGAUCUUAGAGUGGCCAGUUACAAAGAGUUUGCUUACAAUGUUAUUCCAAGAAUAAAGAAGCUAGGAUAUAACUGUAUACAACUUAUGGCUGUUAUGGAGCAUGCAUAUUAUGCCUGCUUUGGUUACCAAGUAACAAACUUCUUUGCAGCUUCCAGGUAACUAUAACAAUAAAUGCAUAAUUCUUCUCUUCCCUUAUGGGGCUUUUCAGGGAUAUGAAACAAAUAAUUCAAAUAGAAAAUGACAAGGUCAAGAAUCCCAACUGGUAGGAGGGGAACCAGUUGGCUAUUUACAAGCGUGGUUGCAGAUUUGAGCUCAGGACUACAGAGAACAAGUCCAGCUAGCAGUCAGGGUGAGACCUGAACUUGGUGCAUCUGUAUUACAAGUGAAUUACUUUAACCUCUCGGCUACACUGCCACUCUUCAAGUCACUUGUAAAACCAAAGAUAGUUCAAAGUAACUUGGCCUAAUAUGUGUAUGUACUUGUAAGGAGUCCUGAGCUGUGACAUUUUUGGCAUUUCAUGUGUUUUUAAAGUGAAAUAGUUUCAAACCCAGAGGCUACAGGUCAUCUUUAUUUAUCCCCAAGGGAUAGGGUAAAUUAUGCAGACUAUUAAUUUUUUCCAUAUUAGUGUUUUUAAUAAUAUUGAUAACCAUUUUAUUGCAAGGUCUUUAUCACUGUCACUUUUUAAUCUGUCUAUGAAUUCUUAUUGUGUUACCAUUAAUUAACGAAGCCUCUUUUAAACAACUUUGACAUAGUACUAUUUAUUUCUAAUGAUGUUGAGGUUUUCUUUUUUAAACUCCUCUUUGGUCACCAUUACGAGUGAAAAGGUUGUUCAACUUGAUGGGAACACUCAGAAUACGCAAACAAAACAGAAUUAUUAAUAAAUUUUCUCCACUUGUGCCAUAAAGUUCUUACCACAAUCUUAAAAAAGAACCUCAAAUACAUGUAAAUAAUGAAAUUUUUUCUUGUUUUUCAAUGUUGCUCAGUCGUUAUGGAACACCAGAGGAGUUAAAGGAAUUAAUUGAUGUCGCUCAUGGUAAUGGCAUUCUAGUCUUACUAGAUGUGGUACAUAGCCAUGCGGCAAAGAAUGUGCUUGAUGGACUCAAUCAAUUUGACGGCACGCACAGCGGUCAUUUUCAUGAUGGUGGACGGGGCUUCCAUGAUCUCUGGGACAGCCGGCUGUUUGAUUAUACCAAGUGAGUGGGAAAAUCUAACGACAUGCCUUUAAUCUUGACCGUUGUUGACUCUUUGAGUCCCAAUAUCCACAUACAAAUUUUCCACACUUGUCUCCAUGCAUAGUCUGCGAGCAAGCUCUCUGGGCCUCUCUGGCAGCGGGGUGGGGAAAGGAAGGAGAGCUUGCAACUAUGUCUCUGGAAUAUGAAUAUCUGCAUCGAAAAAGUGGAUGUGGUGUCGAGUCGAGGUGUAGUUCCUCACUCUUGGCUUAAAGAACAUAGGAUAUUCACCCAAAAUGUCUUUCUUGUUUACUCGCAACCUAUACUUAAAGUGAAUAAAAAUUUUUAUGCAAUUUCACUGCUUGGGUUAGUAUUGAAAUGACUUGUAUCGAAACACCUUUGUAUUGAAAUGACCAGUUUCUGACACAUGCAGCUCAGAUAAUUAUUAUUUUUCUAAUACAUGUACUUUGUUGUUUUUUACUGCAUGAUCAGGUGGGAAGUGUUAAGAUUUCUUCUUUCCAAUCUUCGAUGGUAUAUGGAGAACUAUAAGUUUGAUGGCUUUAGAUUUGAUGGUGUCACAUCCAUGAUUUAUCAUGACCAUGGACUUGGACAUGGCUUUGGUGGAGACUAUCCAGAUUAUUAUGGACUUGGAGUGGACACAGAUUCACUUAUCUACCUGAUGUUAGCCAAUGAUAUGCUUCAUUCUCUUUAUCCUGGAGUCAUUACUAUAGCAGAGGUAAAAUAAACAGUCACUGUUUAAAAUAUCAAGAGUAACAACACAUAAACUAUUCCCAUUUCCAGAGCAGGAAUUGGUGUAACUUCGUUUUUAACUUUAAACUAGAAGUCAUCACCAUCGCAGAGGUAAAUUAAACAUUGUGUGAAACAUCAAGAGUAACAACACAUAAACUAUUCACAUUUCCAGAGGAGGUGUUAAUUUAACUUUGUUUGUUACAAGGUAAUUUAAACUCUAAUAACAUUAGUUUCUUACGAUAUUAUUUAGCAUUCAUUGGAUGAGGAUGAGUGUGAUAUGAACACAAGAAUAAUAAUUAUUAAGCAUAGCUAAGAGGGUGUUAUUGGCGAAGGUUGGAGGUGGAGGCGAACAUCACCUUCCGGGUGGUUAGAUAAGACUCACUGGAUCUAUUAGGUGAUGGGUGUAAGGAAAGAAAUAUUAGGUCUUCUAUCCUAGGUUGGACUGGUGGGUAGUUAUUUUUAAGACGAUUCGGUGUUACGAUAUUUCAAAUUCCAUUUUCGUAUACAUAUAGCAGAUUUAGCCAUCUAUGAUUUCCUUUUUAUGACCUGUUUUUCGCGGAUGCCAUGUGACAGUAAAAUGUAAUCCACUAGUACUAACUCGGUUUGGUUAAUGGUUUAUAGGAGGUGUCAGGAAUGCCAGGCUUAUGUCGUCCAAUUGCAGAAGGUGGAACAGGCUUUGAUUAUCGUCUUGGUAUGGCCAUACCGGACCUAUGGAUCAAGGUAUAAACAGUGCUUUCAGAGUUUACAUGAAAAGUGAUGCAACCUCUUUUAUAUAAAUACUCUGACGCGGCAGCUAUUUCAUAAAAAGUGAAGUCGAGCCCUAUUACACUGGUGGAUUUUUGUUUUUUAGUUUGAUUUUGGAAAACGUUAGUUCUUAUCAUUGCUGAUAGAGACUCUGAAGUCACAACCAGUGUUACAGCAUGUUAGUCUCGAUAUAUCUUUUUACAAAACCGAUGGGGAAAAACCAACCUUGACGAUUGAAUAACUCAUGAUCAUCCUGAAGGUGACUUGAAAUUAAUGAAGAACGGUAUUGGGGUGGGGGGGGGUCGUCUAUGGGUGUCCUUCUUAUAAACGUGUACGUUAAUGAAGGCUUGGCAGCGGGGGUGAUAGGUCAGCUGUAGCGCCUCGAAUUACCGUACUUGGCUUUAAGCUUGUACGUGGUUCUUUCAAUUUACAUCAGUAACAUUGCACUUUAGUGACUGCACUUGCAAAAAUUCGUGAUAAUGUACGUAAUUACCCCAGAUUCUGAAAGAAAAGAAAGAUGAGGAUUGGCGCAUGUGGGAUAUUGUGUGGACCCUGAUAAACCGUCGCCAUGGUGAAAAAACCAUUGCUUACGCUGAGUCACAUGACCAGGCCCUUGUGGGUGACAAGACCAUUGCAUUCUGGUUAAUGGACAAGGAGAUGUAUUGGUUUAUGUCAGAAACCACCCCACUGACGCCCAUCAUUGAGAGAGGACUGACACUGCACAAGAUGAUCAGGUAGAUAUCAACAAAUUCAACGUAGGCGAACUUGGAUUUAGUUGUCAUUCGUCUCUUCACGACCAGUGCCGACGAUUGACGACCCUCGUCAUUCGUCGUCAGUCUAAGUGGUCUGUCGUGGUAUCACGAUCACUCACGACUAAAUAUUUUAGCCAGUGUUGCAUACCGUUGAAUAGUCCAAAAAUGUAGUCCCCGGUUGCUUGUAUUAUGCAUCAUUACAAUAGAGGAUUCUCCUUCAUUACCCCCUUUUAGAAAUCUGAACGUAUGUGCAUUACGUUUUUACUUAACCGUUUUCGUGUUCAUGACAAAGUAUCCAGGGCGAUGCCAGCUCUAACUAGUCAAUUAUAGCCAUACCCACUGUCUACAAACAUUGUUUUUGUUAUCAAAUGUGUAACGAAUAAAAUAAAAGAAUCUUUUGUUUCAAGAAUCAAUACGCUUCUGGUUGGCACAUGAAUAUCCAUAGGUAACGUCAGCGUGAGUGUUCGCUAUUGCUGCACAAAUUUUUCCCUACAUAAAGUUCUGAAUUCCAAUCUCGCGAACAUUUGUCCAAGGAAAGUUCCCCCGGGAGAUAGGAAAGGGAUUGCACGGGCACCCGAGGCCCCUCCCUCCCUCCCUCCGUCCCUCACAUUUAAUUUUUUUGCUUGGCAGACUGGUGACGUAUGGCCUCGGAGGAGAAGGAUACCUUAACUUUAUUGGCAAUGAAUUUGGACACCCAGAAUGGCUGGACUUUCCUAGAGAAGGAAAUAACCGUAGCUAUCACUACGCCAGACGACAAUGGCAACUCGUGGACGAUCACUUGCUGCGAUACAGGUUUCUGAACGAGUUUGAUGGAGCCAUGCACCACCUAGAGGAGAAAUAUCACUGGUUAGAGAAGCCUCAGGUGAGUUUUGGGAGGCGACUUAAUUAAGAGACAGUUCUCGGUUUCCUGUGAACAAUGGCACCAACUUAAGGCUUGGGUGAUGUCUAUAUUUUAUCGGAUAGCUUUUAAUGUCGGCAUGAAAAAGUAUAGCGAACACUGCGCCAGAGAGUGGCACAGAAAGCUUUCCGAUAUGUUACGAUCCACUUUCAAGAUCGGCGCGGCGUAGCUUCGCUCGAAAUCACUGUUCUCAUGUGACCUGUGAACAAAAGCCCUAUCCUAUAUAGCUUUCUUGCCUGCGCAAUAGUUAUCUGACAUAGCAUGAACAUAGUCUUGGGGUGAUACAAUACGGGAAUUUUUAUGACAUUGUCACCUCAAGUCUCAACCUCUUUAGUUUGUGUUUGCUCACUGGAGAGGAAUUGGCGAAAAGGUCAUGAGAGCAAUUUCACUCGCUUGACCAUCAUUUUUGCAAAUGAAUGGGAAGAAAGAAAAGCGUUUCAUUUGAAAUUUUCGGUGAAGUAUUCUACGAAUUUAGUGGCAAUUGUGGGCGUAGAAAUUUAUAAUGGCCAGCAAGUAUGACGUAAUCGCUAAGGAAAGCCAUUAGUUAGAAAUUAAUUUUUGUCACUGAACUGUUCCGUCUGUGCAAGCGUGCUUAUUAGAUAGGCAGACUUGGAAGAUCACUCACUGAUUAAACACAAGUAAUCUGGACUACGAGCAAAUGGAGCAGACUUUAAAAAUCGCGCGGUUUUUAAUCGGCAAAAUAACUCUGCAGAACCUUCAACUCAGGCUACCGAGCCCACAGUCAUCUACACUGGCUAUCAGAGGUUUUUCCUCGCGUGCGGUGAUUGAGUGCGACGGAGAUGCUUCGGGUGGGCCGCAUACCGACUCGUCCUCGGCCUUUAUGCCGAGGCCACCAGCGGCAAAGAUUGUCAUAGAAUUCCAAUUUCUCAACUGAUUUGGUUCCCUCUCUUCCCUUUUCUCUCUCCUUUCAUCCUCCCCGCGAAUUCAGUUUCCGUCAUUGUGCUUCAACGAAACCGCACAUUACACAGGCCAUUGUUAUAGUUAAAUUCAAAGUUGACCUCAAUCAUUUUUUUUUUUGCGUGUUUCUUUUUAGGCAUACGUGAGCUUGCAUCAUGAGGACGACAAAAUGAUUGUGUUUGAAAGGGGCGACUUGAUAUGGAUCUUUAACUUCCACAUAAACAAGAGUUUUGCUGACUACAGGAUCGGCGCCAGCAUCGCUGGAAAGUAUCCUUGAUUCAAACCAGUAUACUUUGUAUAUUUCUCCCGUAAAUUAGUAUUUUCUAUGAAGCCCGAUAUAACGAAAUGCCACUGUAGAUUAUACAGGUAAUAGGUAGAGGAUUAAUAUUUUUGUGCGGUCGUUGUCGAAGAUGUAGAACACCGAGAAAGGAUUAUAUUUUCAGUCAGUGGCGAAGGUUACUCAGAGAAUUUCUCGACAAGAACCGAAUUUAGACCUUCAACUUCAACUUUAUCUUGGCAUAUUCUCAACGAAAAAUCCUAGUGCUGCAACUACGAAAUCCGCCAGGCUAGAAAGUUAUAGCCAUAGCACAGGAUGCAAGACUGAAAAUGAUCGCCACUCUCACGCCAGAUUUCUCCCCUCCUGUUGCGAACGCCCACAUAGCCUGAUGAACAAACCUUAUUUUUCGCGUUGUUCAGGCAAGGAAAGGGAUGGUGAAGCGCGAGACGUGCGCGGAAUGAGGGCGCAAAAACGUUGAGAGCGAAAGAAAAGAAGGAACUAGGAGGAAAAAUGAAAGAUUUUGGGGUCCUCAUUUUUCUUCUUAGUUGCUUGUUUUAACAGAACUCUGCUUAUAGAAAGAGACGAAAUUCUUUCUUUUUUUCGCUCCUUUAUUCGUCGCGCUUGUCUCGCUCUCCACACCCGCCGCGGGUACGCUUGUUCUGCUUGUGCUUUCCACUUGUCAGAACUUGCAGGCCUGACCAUUCCCGCCGUAAUGAGAAUUUUACUUUUUAUCGAAACUGUCCAGUCAAAUCAGUCAAUUCCUGAAUAAUAGGGACGGGUUUGAUGGCUGUUUUUUUUUUUUUUUUUUUUUAACUGAAUGAUCAAGCCGGCUAGCUCUGACUUUUGGAGAGCGCCUUAAGUGUUAAGGAACUGAGUCAUGUCUCCUCAUAUUGCGAAUUGACUAAGGGGAUUUUCUGAUGAUUGCAACUUAACGGUAAUGCUCAGAUACAAAGUAGCUUUGAAUUCAGAUGCAAGAGAGUUCGGAGGCCAAGGCCGUGUGGACCCUAAUUGCGAAUACUUUGUAGACAGUCAGCCAUGGCAUGAAAGACCCUUCUCGCUGUUGGUGAGUACAGCACCAUGAUCAUAACAGCUUUUCUUUGACAAUUUUUUCUCCAUGAUGCUGAGCUAAGAUGAAAAAUUGUGAUAAAAGUUUGCUUCUUUUCCUCACUUUUCCCUGGUCAAGCUGGUGUUUUGGAAUAUGCCAGGCAGGUUAACUUUUCUUUGUCACUUGUGGAUGAGUUUACAGCUAUUUUACUACCUUGACCAUCUUAUGCAAAUAGAUAAAAUGAAGAUUGUUUUUUUCGUCACGGACAAGCGAGGAUUUCAUUGCUGCCAUUAAUUUCGAUAGUUCGUGGCCUGUAAUCUGGUAACCAGAUCUCUUGUCGACGAAGCCGGUGUUACGGUGAUUAGACAUCCCCGCGUUUUGGGCAUCCCCAUUCCUAAAACCCUAGUGACAUGAGCUUCCUCUUCUCAUAUUACGUUAGCGAUUUGGGUAGGGGUUACAGGGGAUGCCCACAUCACUAGGGUUUUGGUAAUGUGGAUGCCCAAAACGCGGGGAUGCCCAUAACACUGUGACACCGGCUUCUUCAACACAAUUUCUGGCUACGAGAUAACGUAGCCUGAUGCUCACUUUCUUAUCACUUCCUCUUCUCUUUUUCAGGUGUAUAUACCCUGUCGUACCGCCCUGCUUUUAGCACCAGCAUAAAUAAUCCAGAGAAUUUACUGUGUUAGAAAUACCUGUUUUAUCAUUCUUAUUUAGUUCUUUAUAUCUGAGCUAUGAGUAUUUAUCAACAUUUACCAGGGUGCAAGGGCCACCCUAUUCUGCCCUUCUUACGGCUCCGUUAAAAUGGGAUAAUGGGACAAGAAACUACAAAUCGUUCUAAAUUCUAUAGACUAUUACUUAUUGCUAAGAGCUCUGACAGUUUCCAUCAUCAAAGUUGUGGGACGAGACAUCAUACGAGACGAAAAGAAGCUAAAAUCAGCCUUAAGUUUGUUAGAUCAUGUCAGAUUCUAGUAAAAUAUUGUUAAAAAUUGAUAAUGCGAUACAACUUAUCCGAAUAUGUAUUUUGUAUUGAGAUAUAAAUUUAGUGUUAUUUUAAGAAAACCGUUUAGUAUUUUUAAGAAAACUGUAGUAUGUUAAGAUAAGACAAUCUACAAUGUAACAUGUAGAGGUGAAAUUACAAAUGUUAUUUUUGGUCCAAUAGUAAUUUCUUGGGAACUUUUUUACCUUUCGUAUUAUUACUCACAGACAACCAAAUUGUAUUUCGACAUUGAAUAGAGUAGGAUUCAAUAAGUCACAAGUGUGGAACAUGGGUUUAUUUCAUGCGGUUAUACACAUAUCGUAUCAUUUGAUUAUCUUGUACUGAUUUCUAAUAACGGCCUUGUUACCUGGGUCCGUUGGGUGUGAUAUGGAUAUGAUUAGUACUUGAAUGAGCAAUAAAUCUUUGGUAUUGAAAG